AUAUUUUGACGUUUGAGUUGUCAUCCAAUAAGCAUUCAAAUUAGAUCGAUAAAAAAAUCGCAGAAAAUUGCGAAUGUGACUCCGGUUGGAGAAAAAAUCCAAAACUUAGGAAACUAAACAGCUAUUGUUCAUAGAUGUGCUAAAAAGAAGUGCGUGUUUUGGAAAUUGGUGGGUCAUAGUGUAAUUUGUGGAAAAUGGGUGAAACUGCACCUACUCCUUCGCCAAUUACCGAAGAGGCAGAAAGUACGAGUGCUUCCAUAAGCAGCGAGGCUACUACGAAGCAACAACAGCUGCCUUUGAAGGUGAAGGUGCUAAUCAUUGGUGCAGGCAUGGCAGGACUUUCGGCAGCAAAUCAUUUUAUCCAUAAUGGCUGUAAUGACUUUCUUAUUCUGGAAGCGCGUAGCCGGAUCGGUGGACGAAUUAUUUCAAUACCUCUCCGUUCCCAAAGAAUCGAACUGGGUGCCAACUGGAUUCAUGGUGUUUUGGGUAAUCCGAUUUUCGAAAUUGCCGUUCAGCAUGGUCUAGUCAGUGUGGUUAAUGUACCCAAACCGCAUACAGUUAUUGCCACAACCGAGGAUGGACAUCAGGUUCCUUUUAACAUUCUUCAGGAGAUCUACGAGGCAUAUGUAUGCUUUUUGCGUCGUUGUGAUGAGUACUUUAUGUGUCAAUAUAGUCCACCUCCGGACAUUAAUAGUGUGGGAGAGCACAUCAACUAUGAGAUUGAAAUAUUUUUAAGCUCAGUGAAAGACCCGAAGGAAAAACGCUUGAAACAAUUGAUUUUCAAUUGUUUACUGAAGCGCGAAACGUGUAUUACCGGUUGCACUAGCAUGAACGAAGUAGAUCUCUUGGAAUUAGGAAGUUAUACAGAAUUGCAAGGUGGAAAUAUUGUACCGCCCCAAGGCUAUAGUUCGAUUUUGCGGCCACUUUCUGAGCCUAUACCUAAAGAGGCAAUAAUCAGCAAAUGGCCGGUAAAGAAAAUACAUUGGAAGCGGAAAAAGACGAUUACUGGCCUGGAAACGGUCGACGAGAAUUCGGAAGACGAAGACGAUUCAGAUGACACUGAAAAGACAGUUACUGAAGUGCCCACUGUCCGUGCAGUAACAGCGGCAGCAGCAGCAACAAAAACAACUACUAGUGCUCCAGUACGUGAAAAAUCUACUGAUUCUGAUGACAACUGUGAUUCGAGUGGCAAUGUUAUUGAUGCUGCUGUACGAGUAGACUGUGAAGAUGGGCGAUGCUUCUACGCUGAUCAUGUGAUAUGUACCAUACCGCUGGGUGUACUUAAAUCAACAUAUAAAACCUUGUUUUCGCCUGAGUUACCGCAUUACAAGCAAGAAGCAAUUGAAAAUUUAAUGUUUGGAACAGUCGAUAAAAUAUUCCUGGAAUAUGAUCGACCGUUUAUGAAUUCCUCCAUUUCCGAAAUAAUGCUGUUAUGGGAUGAUGACAAAUAUGAUUUGCAUCUGUCGGAUGAAGAACGCAGUUCAACCGAGUAUUUGAGCAAAAAUUGGUACAAGAAGAUUUAUUCCUUCGCUAAAGUAUCUGAAACCCUACUUUUGGGUUGGGUUUCGGGCAGAGAGGCUGAAUACAUGGAAACGCUGACGCAUGAAGAAGUCGCAGAAACAUGCACGGAGAUAUUGCGGACAUUUUUAAAGGAUCCGUAUGUACCGAAACCAAAGCUCUGCGUGUGCACAAGCUGGAAGUCUCAACCAUUCACGCGUGGCUCGUACACUUCAAUUCCUAUUGGUGCAACGCAGGAAGAUAUCGAGUUAUUAGCGCAACCACUUUACGUGAAUCCACAAGCACAGAAACCUGCAGUUUUGUUCGCUGGCGAGCAUACACACUCCAACUUUUAUUCAACUGUACAUGGUGCCUAUUUGAGUGGACGGACGGCUGCUCAACACAUUCUCUCUAAAGAUGAGCCGGUGGGGGUUUUUAUGGAAGCAGAUACAAGCGAUUUAAGUUCAUGGAUACAAGGAAUUUCGCUGGAAUAAAAAGUCAUAAAUCUAAAUACAAAAUGCAACGAGUUCGUUUAACACACCAAACGAAUGGGAAAUGAAUUGAGGCAGUGAACUUCCAUUAAGAUGCGGCCAUUUUUUCAGCGUUGGAGUCAAUAUCUUUGGGAACAUUAUAAAUAGCUUCAGUUAAAACGCGCCACUAUGCUAAUAAAUGGCCAUAUAUAUUCGUUUCGAUUAAGUUAAAUUUUUUUUUGACACAACCAUAAAUCUUCGCCAGCUCUUUAAUGUCUAAUUAAGUUUAAAUUGUUUUAUAACUUAACUGUUGCUUUUGUUAGCAAUAAGAAAUUCUGCCUUAUCCUGAGUUUCACAUGAAAAAAAAAUUCACCCGAAAAUUUGUCAUUCGCGCAUUGUAAAACCAUGGAAACCAAGAGUUAAAAGUGAACCGGUUCGGGGAAAAUGAAACUCAUGAUAAGGCUUAUUAUGUUUAGGUGCUUUCAUAAAGUGCGAAAUUCUGGAUACAUAAGUUGAGAGUAUAACGGUAAAAACUAUAUGCAAUAUUUUAUUGACUAUAUAUUUGCGCUAAGAUUACAAAAUUUUUAGUUCAUUUCCAGUUUGAUACCAUUUAAUAGUAUUUAUAGGUGUUUUCAUUUAUUUUGUGAGAAUAUUGUUUAUAAAAGCAUUUAUUUUUUGUGUCUAUCUUUUUUCUCAUAAGGUUAUUCUAACCGCAUUUGUUUGGUUAUUUUGGCAAAUACAUUUUUCGAUAUGUUUUUGUAAGAUAAUGAAACACUGAUAAGAUAACUAAAUUGUGUAAAACUUGUUGAUAUUUGACUAUAAAAUGCUAUAUUCAGUACAUUUUAAAUCAUUUGAACUAUCGAUUAUGCUAACAAAUGAAUGAAAUAGGAUUAAUCUAAAUAUAGAAGUAUGUAUGUGCAAGUGAGGCAAUAUGAGAGAAGAAGUUUGUUCAUUAUUUAAGUUAUUUAUUUAUUAUAACAUACAUACAUAAAACAUUAUGCAUACAUACAUAUUAUGAUAUUACCCAUAACUCUCGAUGUUUGCACAAGGAUGAAUUGUAAAAUAUGGUCCCCACGAAUGACAAUUUUUUGGUAUAUUCUUACUGAAAACAGAUUUAAGUUAAAAGUGUUAUGAAGGAUAGGAUAUAUGGAAAUCAUAAGCUGAAAUUUGAAAUAAAGACAUUGGCACUCGCAUAUGUGAACAUCGCUUAACUUAAAUCAAAAAGUGCACAGAGAUAUAUAUUAUUCUGCGUAAUGCAUAGCGCUGAUUAUCUAUAUUGCAAUGUGUAUUUAAUCAAUUGUUAAAAACGAAAGUAAUUUUUUAAAGUUGGUAUGUAAGGAUCGUCUGUUUAAGUUGUUUUAUUUGACGAAAAAGUUUAGCGAAAUUUGUAUACAUAUUACAAAAUUAUAAAAAGAAAUUAAAUAUACAUGCAAAUGCGAUUCAAAUUGCCCCGAAAAAAUUUAUGUUUACAAAAAAAUAAAACCAUAUAACAAAUA